AUGGACAAGAAGUUGAACAAGAUCUGGGGCUACAUCGAUGGAGCCUACUUUCGAGAAGUUUCUCGCACCUGCGAGAUGUACAGCAAGCACGAGGACAGUGCGCGUGAUCCGCAGCGUGGCUACGGCGCCGCAGAUCUGAUGAACGUCACUGGAGUCACCGAUCCGAACAAAGUUCGCAACCCGUUUAUGCACAAGAUGCUGGUGUCGGUGAUCAACUUUGUGAGACUCUUCUCCGAGCUGGCAUCGAGAGAAGCAGAGACAAAGGAGACGUCGAACCUUUGCACCCAGGUGUCGCAGGUGUUCAAUGAGAUGGGUCGCGAGAGUGUUCUCUUCAAGCUGCUUCAGGUUCCAAGCCCAGACGUCCAGGAGGCGGUGAUGAGCUGCCUGAAGUUUGCACAGUUGGCGGAGCUCGAUGACGAGGAGGUCCAACAGCUUCUCCACAUGCUUAACCCUGCCAUGGUCGAGUCUGGGGAGCAGCUUCUGGGGGCAGUCCUUGGAUGUUUGUGUGGUUUCCUGACGAAGGAUGGCGAGGCUGCCGACAAGUUCCGCACAAAUCACACCCGCAGCGUGAUUCAUCGCACCUUCGCCGUGUUGGCAGAGAAUUCAGCACGCGACACUUUUGGAAACCCAUCCGAGGAGGAGCAAAAGUUGACCUUGUCUGAGCAGUGCGUGGACGUGCUGCGCACGGCCUCUUACCAGCCUCUGCUGCGACGACAUCUGCGGGGUGAGGUUGCAAAGGACUUCGUCCGGAUGCUGAAGGAUGAGGAGACGAAGGAAUCCUGGUUCUGCCGCGACGUGCCCAUAGAGCUGACUUGGACCGGUCGGCAUUUGGACUUGCUCCUCUCCUGUCUGAACACGGCCUCGACUGUCUGCCUGCGCAACGACAUGAAGCAGGCGUUUCGCGUCUUCCACCGGAUUGCGAACGUCAUGGCAGGUGUCGGAGACCACACAGAUCAAGCUCGAAGUGCAGAGGCGCGUGCCGCAGAGGAGACGGUGAUGUGGAACGAGCAGCUGAUGCGUCAGCAGGCAAACACCUUGGACGAUCACGCCUACGAGGACCAGCUCCAGCAGCAAUUGAUCUUCUUCUCGUUCAGUGGGAUCGAGCGCAUGGUGCAUUUCCUGGAGAUGCCCCCGGAGGAUGGCACCCAGCAGCCUGCCGAGCCGGAGGAGGGCACGCUCAAGAAGAGUGACCGGUCCAUCGCGGUCGAGUUACAGCAACAGGCGAAGCUCUACUUGGAGGGCCUCCUGUCCUUCGUGGAGUCUGCCGAGGCAAACGAGGUCGCCCGGGCGAAGAGCUCGUCGAAGCGCGAAGAUCCAGAGAUGGUCGAGAUUGAAGACACGGAGAUUCCGAAGCUGGGAUCCCGCGGGGAGGAGCUGCUUCGGCAGGUUUACGCCAUGGAAGGAUGGCAAUCGCUGCGGCACUCCGGCGCUCGAGAGGACGUGGAUGUCUUUACCAAGACCGUGCGCAGCGCAAGCGUCACGCUGUCAGGCGCUCCUGCCCGACAAGCCUUCAGCAGCGAAGAUGGCAUCGCCUCCUUGUUGAAUGAUCUUUUCGGGCGAUCCCAGGGCAGCCAUCAUCAGAGCCUUUGGGUCGCAGAUGCCUGUCCGAGUGCGCUGCCGACCGUACCGAAGCGGCUGCGAAGGACCGACUCCUUCUUCGUUCCAGGCUCGAACGGUUUGGUAAACCCUUCCUUCUUCGUAGCUUCAUUGCUGCGCACGAUCUAUUCGGCUCUGAUGCUCCCCACCACGGAAUCCGUCUCCGGAUUGGUCAACUUUCGGCUACGCAAUCCGGCGAUGCAGCUUCGGUUGGUGGCCCUCCUGGAGAAGUGCGGCAGCUAUGCGGACUGCCAUCUCGCCGCCAAGCUGAUGAGGAUCCUAGCUCUUGUCCUCCGACCUCGACCGGAUCAGUCUGCCAUCGCCCCGAAGGAGAACGAGUGGCAGCACAGCAUCAGCCUCGUGAUCGCCGCGGGCCUGGCGGGACGCGUGCUGGAGUUGCUUUCUCCGCUGACGAGGCGGCUGGGAAAAGGCUUCGAAUUGACGGCCACUCACUUGAUCUUGGCGCGGGAAGCGGUGCGGCUGGUCAAGGCGGUUGCAGCAGCUGUGGGCAAGCUCCAGUUUAGCCGGAACCUCUCGGUGCAGAAGGAAGCCUUGGAGGCGAUGACACUGGCGCUGGUACCGAUGCCCACUGUGAAGGAGAUCGUGAUGCUCCUCCUCUACGAUAUGCAGGCACGGGCUUAUCCUCGAGCCUUCUGGGUGCUUCGCAGUGCAGAUUGGCCCAGGAUUAGUCUUGCGACGUCCAGCAUAAACUGGCGGUUGGAGCAGCUUGUGGAGUCGGGCGCCGACGUCAAAGACGCCGCCAUACUCCAAGCUUGA